UAUUUAGGUAAUAAGAAUUACUAGAGGUUGUAAGGUAGUAAUGGUAUCUGGUCAAGACAUCAGGAUGUGAGGAGUAAAACAGGGUAAAUCUAUGGAAUGUCUUGGGGCCUUGGGGUAUGUUAUCUCUCGGCGUGCUUAUAUACCCCACACUUGCUCUCAGGGGCGGGCUCACAAAAAUUGCAUACUAUGUAGUAUACUGUGCUGUGAUGUGUAGGUGCGCUCUCAUAACGGACUACACCUAUUUGAGUAUUCUUCCGUCUUGAUACUAACCAUCGAGCGCCUAGUUCAAAGACGCUGAUCAAUGACUAUGAGUAAUAAUCACAUCUUUAGUACAGGUAAGACCUGGCAGGAACUCCAGGCGGCGAAGUUUGCAGAACGAGACUCGAGGAUACCGGCAGAAUGGAAGUUGAAGAAGGAACACUUACCAUCGGAGGACACGGCCGAUCUCCGGUCUAUUGUCAAUUCAUGCGAGAUAUUGUCUUCGGCCGAGCUAGCAAUUACUAGUGACCAGUAUGAUGCUACUUCGCUAGCUGCUGCUAUCGCGGAGGCCAAGUUCACGGCUGUAGAAGUCGUGACAGCCUUCUGCAAACGCGCUGCUGUAGGACACCAGGUCUGCAACAUGUUGACGGAGAUCAUGUUCGCAGAUGCGAUAAAGAGGGCCGAGGAAUUAGACGAUAUUCUCAAGCGUACGGGAAAACCAGUUGGCCCAUUGCAUGGGAUUCCCAUGACCUUUAAGGAGUGUUUUCACUUCAAGGGAUAUGAUUCCACCAACGGAUAUAUGUCUAGGGUCUUCCAACCGGCUGACCAAACGUCGCCCUUGCCGGAACUCCUACAAGCUGCCGGGGCAGUAGUGAUCUCCAAAACGAAUGUACCGCAUACUAUGUUGGUCGCCGAGAGCCAUAACAACGUGUUCGGACGCACGAAGAACCCCGUAAACUCUCAUUUGACUUGUGGUGGUAGUAGUGGCGGCGAGGGUGCAAGUCAAGCCUUCCGAUGCAGUGCACUAGGUGCCGGGACCGACGUCGGUGGGUCGGUACGAAUACCAGCUGCUUGCAACGGCGUCUAUGGGUAUAAACCUACCUUCGGGGUCAUUCCCAUGAUUGGGUAUUCGUACUCAGGCUGGACAGGUUCCAACACAGGAAUUCCAGCCGUUACAGGCCCUUUAGGACACUCGGUGCGCGACCUUGCCCUUUUUACGCGCAUAGUCAGGGAUGCGAAGCCGUGGACAUUCGAUCCGGCCGUCAUACCGCACAUCAUGGAGAUCGGUACCCCAGCGACGCGAAAGCCCAUUAUCGGCAUCAUAUAUGCCUCAGGUCUCACACCACAUCCACCGGUUCGUCGAGCGGUGCGCGAAGCCGUAGCUAAGCUAUCCGCCGCUGGAUUUGAAAUUCGCGACUUCCACCCGCCAGACUUCAUUGGGAUCCGUGACAUCUCGGAGCAGCUGUUCACGCUAGACGGAUUGUCGUAUCCGCGACAAGAAUUCGCCAAGACGGGUGAGCCUAUCGUACCAAGUGUAAAGAAGAUUGGUUUCUGGGAUAUCCCACCCAAGACACAGGAGGAGACAUGGAUGUGGAAUACCAAGAAGCUAGGAGUCCAGAAGCAGAUUCUAGACGAAUGGCAGAGAGUUGGCUGCGAUGUGCUGCUAACGCCGGUGGGCCCGCAUACAGCGGUUAAGCCUGGAGACUGGACGAGCGAUAUCUAUACAGUUGCUUGGAAUGUCGCCGAUUACCCUGCAAUUGUUAUACCAUUUACACACGUCGAUCCGGCUCUUGAUCCGGUGGAUGUCGAAUUCAAACCGAGACAUGAAGCCGACCAGAAGAAUCAAGAUAUGUAUGACCCAGAAUUGUUCAUGGGGGCGCCUGUGGCGUUGCAAUUAGUUGGCCCGAGAUUAGGAGACCAGCAGCUGCUUUAUGACGUCGAACUAAUCGACGGCGUAUUGAAUGGAGCUGCCUAACGGUCCUAACCUCGAGCCUUCUUUAUUUCGGUCUGAAACGAAAUUAGAGUUCUUCGUCCAAUGCUGAACAACGACCAUUAAACCUUAAAACGCUCUUGGUACCUAUUUCAAC